AUGCUAUUCAAAGGCUAUAAAUAUAGCCAUGCUGCGCUAAUUUUGAUUGGUGCUUUAGCGCAAUUGUCACAAGCUGAAUUAGAGAAUUUCUAUGACAUGGAAGGUUCAAACGAUUUAAGACAAAGAGACUUUCCUUAUUAUGAUUUCGAAAGAAAUUUACGUGCUGUAGAACCUUUCAGUUUCUCUAACACAACUGCUACCGCAUCUAGUUCCUCUGUGGCUUCCUCUUUAGAAGUGACUUCCUCCGAAGCUGUCACUUCAUCCUCUGAAGCUGCCUCUUCUGAAUCUGUUACUUCAUCCUCUGAAGCUGCCUCUUCUGAAUCUGUUACUUCAUCCUCUGAAGCUGCCUCUUCUGAAUCUGUCACUUCAUCCUCUGAAGCUGCCUCUUCUGAAUCUGUCACUUCAUCCUCUGAAGCUGCCUCUUCUGAAUCUGUCACUUCAUCCUCUGAAGCUGCCUCUUCUGAAGCUGCCACUUCAUCCUCUGAAGCUGCCUCCUCUGAAUCUGUCACUUCAUCCUCUGAAGCUGCCUCUUCUGAAUCUGUCACUUCAUCCUCUGAAGCUGCCUCUUCUGAAUCUGUCACUUCAUCCUCUGAAUCUGCCACUUCAUCCUCUGAAGCUGCCUCCUCUGAAGCUGCCUCUUCUGAACCUGUCACUUCAUCCUCUGAAGCUGCCUCUUCUGAAUCUGUCACUUCAUCCUCUGAAGCUGCCUCUUCUGAAGCUGCCACUUCAUCCUCUGAAGCUGCCUCCUCUGAACCUGUCACUUCAUCCUCUGAAUCUGCCACUUCAUCCUCUGAAGCUGCCUCCUCUGAAGCUGCCUCUUCUGAACCUGUCACUUCAUCCUCUGAAGCUGCCUCUUCUGAAGCUGCCACUUCAUCCUCUGAAGCUGCCUCCUCUGAACCUGUCACUUCAUCCUCUGAAUCUGCCACUUCAUCCUCUGAAGCUGCCUCCUCUGAAGCUGCCUCUUCUGAACCUGUCACUUCAGAAUCAUCCAUUGUUGCAUCUACCAACGCUACUGAAAUCGAAAGUACCGAAUCUGCUUCUGCUACCUUGACUUCAGAAUCAUCCAUUGUUGCAUCUACCAACGCUACUGAAAUCGAAAGUACCGAACCUGCUUCUGCUACCUUGACUUCAGAAUCAUCCAUUGUUGCAUCUACCAACGCUACUGAAAUCGAAAGUACCGAAUCUGCUUCUGCUACCUUGACUUCAGAAUCAUCCAUUGUUGCAUCUACCAACGCUACUGAAAUCGAAAGUACCGAAUCUGCUUCUGCUACCUUGACUUCAGAAUCAUCCAUUGUUGCAUCUACCAACGCUACUGAAAUCGAAAGUACCGAACCUGCUUCUGCUACCUUGACUUCAGAAUCAUCCAUUGUUGCAUCUACCAACGCUACUGAAAUCGAAAGUACCGAAUCUGCUUCUGCUACCUUGACUUCAGAAUCAUCCAUUGUUGCAUCUACCAACGCUACUGAAAUCGAAAGUACCGAACCUGCUUCUGCUACCUUGACUUCAGAAUCAUCCAUUGUUGCAUCUACCAACGCUACUGAAAUCGAAAGUACCGAAUCUGCUUCUGCUACCUUGACUUCAGAAUCUAAUUCAUUCAACCAUACAACUGUAGGGAGUACCGAAACUACUCAAACAUCUGAGAGUGUUAUAAGUUCCUUAUAUACCUCCAUUAACAGCACCCUUGCAAGCUCGUCCACUACUGGAGCUUUAUCAACUCAAAGUGUUUCUGAAUCUGCUAUUUACACAUCCUCAAACACUACCAUCCCUCAAACUUCAGAACCUGUUACGACUAUUACAACAACUGAGUGUUCUGGAGAUGUUUGUUCUACCGUCACUAUCACUGAACCAUGCUCUUCUGAAACUGUCACUUCCACUCAUGAACAAUCUGUUACCACUAUUACUACUACCGAAUGUUCCAAUGACGUCUGCUCCACUGUCACUAUCACUGAACCAUGUUCUUCUGAAACUGUCACUUCCACUCAUGAACAAUCUGUUACCACUAUUACUACUACCGAAUGUUCCAAUGACGUCUGCUCCACUGUCACCAUCACUGAACCAUGUUCUUCUGAAACUGUCACCGCUACCCAUGAACAAUCUGUUACCACUAUUACUACUACCGAAUGUUCCAAUGAUGUCUGCUCUACUGUCACCAUCACUGAACCAUGUUCUUCUGAGACUGUCACCACCCAAGAGCAAAGCAUCACUACUUACACCACUACUGAAUGUUCCAAUGAUGUCUGCUCUACUGUCACUGUCACCGAACCAUGUUCUUCUGAAACUGUCACUCACGCUCCAACAACUACCACCCAUGUUAUCCCAGGUACAACUGUUGUUACUUCUGGUAAGACCACUGUCGUUCCACCAACCACUAUUACACAGGUAGUAUCUUCUGAAACUGUCACCACCCAAGAACAAAGCAUCACUACUUACACCACUACUGAAUGUUCCAAUGAUGUCUGCUCUACUGUCACUGUCACCGAACCAUGUUCAUCCGAGACUGUCACUCACGUUCCAACAACUUCCACUCAUGUUAUCCCAGGUACAACUGUUGUUACUUCUGGUAAGACCACUGUCGUUCCACCAACCACUAUUACAAAGGUAGUAUCUUCUGAAACUGUCACCACCCAAGAACAAAGCAUCACUACUUACACCACUACUGAAUGUUCCAAUGAUGUCUGCUCUACUGUCACUGUCACCGAACCAUGUUCAUCCGAGACUGUCACUCACGUUCCAACAACUUCCACUCAUGUUAUCCCAGGUACAACUGUUGUUACUUCUGGUAAGACCACUGUCGUUCCACCAACUACUAUUACAAAGGCAGUAUCUUCUGCUUCUACCCCAGUUGUUAUCCCAGGCACAACUGUCGUUACUUCUGGUAAGACCACUGUUGUUCCACCAACUACUAUUACAAAGGCAGUAUCUUCUGCUUCUACCCCAGUUGUUAUCCCAGGUACAACUGUUGUUACUUCUGGUAAGACCACUGUCGUUCCACCAACUACUAUUACAAAGGCAGUAUCUUCUGCUUCUACCCCAGUUGUUAUCCCAGGCACAACUGUCGUUACUUCUGGUAAGACCACUGUUGUUCCACCAACGACUAUUACAAAGGCAGUAUCUUCUGCUUCUACCCCAGUUGUUAUCCCAGGCACAACUGUCGUUACUUCUGGUAAGACCACUGUUGUUCCACCAACUACUAUUACAAAGGCAGUAUCUUCUGCUUCUACCCCAGUUGUUAUCCCAGGUACAACUGUUGUUACUUCUGGUAAGACCACUGUUGUUCCACCAACUACUUUAACUCAGGAAGUUUCGUCUAUGACUGUUCCAGUUGUUGUUCCAGGAACUACUAUUGUUACUUCAGGCAAGACUACCGUUAUUCCUUCAAGUACAACUACUGAAACCAGACCAGUUGUUGUUGUUCCUGGCACAACAAUUGUAUCAUCUAGUAGUACUAUUGUUAUUCCACCAACAACAGUCCCACAGGUCGUUUCUUCUGUCACUGCAUCCGUUAUCAUUCCAGGAACUACUAUUAUUACUUCAGGAAGUACCGUUGUUGUUCCACCAACUACUGUUGAAGAAACUACACAAAUAUUUGCUCCACAAACAACAUCUAUUCCACAAGAAUCUAACUCCGCAAUUGAAACAUUCCCAGGCAGUUCUACUACUGAAGGACAAACCAUUUCUAUUUCAUCUUAUACCGGCGGAGCUGGCAAUUUGGUUUCUGAUAGAUCCAUUUUUGGUGCUGUUGUUGUAUUCUUAUUAUCCGUAUUAUUAUGA